CAAAAACAAAAUGAUUUUUUUCUAUUGAUAUUUGUAAUUUGAAUUCCCUAUUAUUAUUUUGUAAAUCUUUUUUAUACAUUGCAUUUGUUUUUGUUUUUACCCCCAUAAAUUGCAUUAGCCAUUAAUUAAUGAAAUAUUGAUAAUAUCUUUCAAAGGAGGUGUAAAUUACGGAGAAGAUUAAUAACAUUAUAGCUGUAAUGACGUUACUCCUUAAGAGCGUUUGGCGCAACGCGCUGAAGAGUGGUCAGCUCAACAACCACACAUUGAGGUCUACCAGCUUUUCCAGCGUUUCAGUGGCGGACACUCUUGCAAAGACGCCGGACAACAUAAUGAUGACCAUAAAGACAGCACCCACCACUAGUGAAGUGCUGGCGACAGUGCAGGCCAACUUAGCUGUCCUGACACACCGCCACAUGCUGCAGGCUCUGAGAAGUUUGUUUGAGCUGCAGAAGACUAGCAAAUACAACAAAGACAUGGACACAGAUGCAAUCAUAAAAGACCCAACAUUUGGAGUACUCUGUCAAAAUUUCAAAAAACAUGCACGCGCUCUAGAAGUGAAUGAAACUAUUGAAGCUAUUAAAGUGCUGUCAUUUCUCAAAGUUCCAGCGGACUCUCUAAUACUGCAAACAAUGCUCCAAAUGAUUAGAUGCAAUAUUAACACAUUGAACACUCAACAGAUUAUGUUUGUCCACUUUCUGUUAUCACAAUUUGAUGGCAAGAAUCAUUUAGUCGACGCUCUCAAGUUGGCGUUACCUCUAGCAUUCCAAAUCCAUCUUCCUUUAGAAUUAGACAAUCAAGAUUUGUUUCUGUUAAGAGACAUGUUAAUAUACUGUUGUUCCCAUGACUUACCAGACCGAUGCAUCAACAAUGUUGUAACUGGACUGUUGUUGCACGACCAAGCGAUCAGUCCUCAGAUGUCCAAGUCUAUCAUAUGGGCAUUGUGCCAAAUUAAUUGCACUGAGCAAACGUUUCCUACUAGAACCCAAUUACUCCAUAAAUGCUGCGAUAUUUUAACUCAAUCGAUAGAUAGUUUGGCAUAUGAUGACGUUUUGAGAACUGCCGCAAGGUUGAAAGGGAGGAUACUGGAGAAACACCCGGAGUUCUAUCACCAGCAGCUGAUGGAUGCGAUCGCUAAUUAUGUGAUUAACAAUGACGUGGAAUUCGAAAAGGGACUUCUCGUUGCGAGAGUUCUAUCCAGAAUUGCUCACACUCAUUUAUCUUUAAUGGAAUACCUGUGCCAAAAGGCGGCAUCGGAUCCGGAUACUUUGUCCAACGCUCGCACCAACAUCAUCUUCGGAUUUGUCAACUGCUUGGCGAACAACAACUACACCCCUGAUCCUGACCAAUGGGAUGAAUUACGGAAGCAAAUAUCAGCCAAUCCGAUCUUAAACGCUACCAAUGCGACAUUGCCUUGGACCAAACUUUGUCUAGAAAUGGCCUCCCUUGGCCAUUACGAGGACAGGUUAUUAAAUAGAGUAUUUUCAAAGGAGUUCUUGAACGAAUAUUUGGCCAGGGAGAAUAACACAUUGGACUAUCUGCAACUAUUGACUCUGUAUGAGGCAGUGCGCACAUUUUACAGUGAAGAGUACGAAUUGCCUCAGAAUAUUCUGGAGAGAGCUAAGGAUAUGUAUCCGGUGCAUUCGUUGAAUGGUGUUCUGGUGGAGCACUUGACUAAAGGGUUGGGUGGUCCGGAGUAUGUAGCAAAGAAUGUGGUGUUGCCGAAUGGUAUUGUUUUAGAUGUGGUUUUGGCUGUUAAGGGAGGGUAUCCAUUAGAACUGCCGCCCAUCAGCAGUACUUUAAAACUGCCCAUCGAAAAACUCAACAUACCGCAGGGAGCGAUUGUAAUAUGUGUCAUGAAUUUCAAUCAAGGCUGCUUCUCUAUGAACAGUAAUCGUCUUCGUGGCCCGUUCCGUCUCAUUCUCGACAUAUUGGAGAAACAAGGAUACGCGACUGUGGCCUUCAAUGUCAACGACUGGCUGAGCUCGCCCGCUCACGAGCGCACGCCUUACCUCAUGAGGGAAAUUGGAUACAAAUGUGGGGAAAUGGGGUUGAAAUUGUCAGCGACUUGAUUUGUCUAUGGACUUUGUUAGAUUAGCGCCAAUCCUGUCACAACCUUAGAUACAUAAAUAGGUGUCAAAGGUCACAACACUUUCAAUUGACUAAAUUAAAAAGUUGUGUGAUAAAGUUACCUGUUAUCUUGUUAUAGUUAUGUGAAUUUGUUUUUUAUGACAGAAAAUUGUAAAUAUUGUAGUGAAAUAAAGACUGUUAAUAGUAA